CAUUGUCCUCCCGACCUGGUCCUUCCUCCGCUCGCCUCCAGGAUCCGAUGAUCACAGGGCAGCUGAGCAAACAGCUGCUCCCUCUGCGUGCCGAUAUGGACGUCUGCAAGCUGCGGGAUGAUGACAAAGCGGCCAGCCCGGACAGCGAGCUCAACGAGGAGCCCUUGCUGCUGUCAGCUGACACAGACUCGGAGGAGAAGAUGUAUGGUGGUCGAGUUGGUUCAGUUCAGUCUGAUGCCAGCAGCAGUCCCACAGAGCAUGGUCAUAUGGGUCAAUCUCACCCCACGUACCCUGUUGGACCACAGUCUCUGUUGGUUGCUCAGCAGCUGGCGUCAGCAGUUAGUGGAGUGAUGUCCGGAGGAGCUCCUGGUCUCAACCAGCCCAUUCUGAUCCCCUUUAACGCUGGCGGGCAUCUGGGUGGGCAGCAGGGCCUGGUUCUGUCUCUGCCCACUGCUGCCAACAUACAGGGCCUGGUGGCAGCCGCUGCUGCUGGUGGCAUCAUGACACUCCCCCUACAGAAUCUGCAAGUCUCUGUUGGUUGCUCAGCAGCUGGCGUCAGCAGUUAG